AUGUUCAGCGUUCUCUGCCUAGCAUUCCUUCUCGCACUCAGCACCAACGCAGGUUAGUUCCCCCUCGCUGAUUGGUGCGUUUCCGGUGUGCUGACUUCUGUCCUACGAAUGUAUCGGCAUUCCGCUGACUGUGAGACCUGUACACUUCGACGUAGGGCUUACAAACGAGAUGCUGAAAUCAGUGUUUAUAAUCUCUCGUAUCCAGCUGUCUUCCAGCAUCGCAGCCAUUUAAAGUCAGGGCAGGUCCACUGACGAGCACGUUCCUUCCCCAGUUAACAGGACAUGGAAUGACUCCUUCUAGAGAUCCUUGUAGUCUUUUCCCAGCCCAUCUCCUUUCUCUACGCCAUCCCACUAGGAGAUGCCUCAGAAUCCAAUGACGAUCUUUGAGGCUACGCAUUUUGGGGUCGCUUCAGCCUCUAUAGAGUCUGCGAAUGGUCAAUUCAGCUUCUAUAUCGUUGACUCCUAAAUUGCUCACCUUCAUUCUAAGUGCAGUGUUUUGUCUGGCUUAGUUAUAUUUUUUAACUGAACCCUAUAUAUAUAUAAAUUACGCCCGGCUAUGCGGCUGACGGCGGGGCUCGAGAGGGAGCUCCAAGGCACAACCGGACGAGUGAGUUCCGUAAUGUGAUCCGUAGGCGCCCCUUUACCAUUUUAUAUAUAUGUAAUAGUUUUGAAAGCAAACAUUCGUAUAAGUUUAUCGCCUGUAAAGUAGCUUUUCCUCUGCUGCCUGACCAGGGGUUAGGAUUUCAAUAACUGAUAAAAGCAAGUUAAUCAAAAGCUCUCACAGCAGCAUUCGGUACGAAUGUUCGACCUUCGCAUUUUCUGCGAGUUUUUAAUGCUCGAUGGCCCACAGUUACUUACUCUGAUUACUAUGACGCUGCAAAAUUACCACCCCUGCUCACCAAAUGUUUUGCUUGUAGCGGGUAACAAUGUCUGCACGUUGCCAGUCGAGCCCGGUCUAUGCAGAGGCUUCUUCCCCAGCUUCGCCUACAUUCCUGAGGUAAAUCGCUGCGAAAGAUUCAUCUACGGUGGCUGCGGUGGCAAUGACAAUCGUUUCGAAAGCCUUGAGGAGUGUCAACGAGCCUGCGGCGGCAAUAGUAAGUCUUGACUCCACUUGUUGCCCUCUGACCACUUACUCUUUGGAAUUCUUGCUGGGUGAUUUCUCAGCCGUCCUCCUCGACGAUGUUCACCAUUUGACCCACAACAGUGGGGGUGCAGAGACAGAGACAUUCAUGGGAAUUAGUUUAGUAGAUUAUCGCAGCGUUUGCGCAUUCUCUCCGCCUUGCCCACACGGAUUCGAUGUCAAGAAAGAGUCAAGAGGACCGGGGCGGGAAGGGGGGGGGGGGGCAGGGUCGGAUGGAAUAGUUGGCCUCGGCAGAUGGUACGUCUCCGGGCUGGCCACACACACCCCAGAUCGGUGCACAAUGAACCAGCUUUUUACACAACCAGAGGUGGGGGCAGUCCCGAUCCGAACUGACUGCGAGUGCCGUACAGACCACAUCUUGUAGGAGUCCCUGCAGCCGCAUUCUCGCUCUCUUCUGAGAGGCGGGUCGAGCUAUUCCCACGGUUAGCAGUCUCCCAAGCCAGGGCUUUGAGCACACUGGGAUAGAUUCAAUCGCGUUCGUGGCGUUAAGCAGGGUCCGUGUGCGUAACUCUAUCUCGGCAAAAUGGUACCAUAACUACACCACCAUGAGUACAGACCCCACUGAUGACAUUUCAUCUACAGCAGCUCUAUCCCUCCUUCUCCCCCACCUCCUGCAUUCACAUCGUCGCACUGUUCCCAUGACAACGGGUACACUAAUAAACCCUGCUGGCGGUGUCUGGAUGAAUUCUGCCCUAUACGCGAGGUAACUCUGUAACUAGAUUCACAUCAGUCCCACUGAUCGGUGCUGCCGUUUUGAAUUGUAGUGAGAUUAGGUGUGCGGAUUUGUGACUUUCCAUAAAAUUAGCCUUUUGAGUUCCCUGUGCUCCGAUACAGUUGAGCCACCUCCAUACGUCAUAUGGUAUAUAAGGGCGGAUUGUUCACAAAGCAUCGGAGUUAGGGCGAAACAAAUAGAAUACGCAGCCUCGCUUUCCUACUGAUUCUCCUUCUUUGCCUCGGAGCUACAGGUAUGCAAUAUUUCAGAGUCAAUUUAAACCUGACUACGGAAUUGCUUGAAUACUUAUGUUCUUGUGGAUUAGAAAGUCAGCACAUAAUGACAGCGAAGGAAUUAAAUUCGUGAACUAAGGGGUGGAGUUUGCAACCCCAUCGGGAUUUGCUUUUCCGUACAUUUACUAAAAACUCGAAUGCUUGAGGUAUUUCGCUAGCGACAGGAAUUAAAAACAAGCAUAACCAAUGAGAUUUAUUCUCAAUAAAGUGUUCAAGAAGAGUCUUCGGCUGUUUUCUGUCGCCGCAUAACACGGAUAACGCAUAAUGAACACACUGCAGGUUGAACUUGUUUAGAAAAUCAAUAUAAAAAGCGGCAAGGUCACAGUUCGGGAAGUACGCGCAUACAAAUCGAUGGAAAAAGUUCACCUAACAACGUGACAGAAGGAAGAAAACGAAGAAGGCGGUGUAAAUUAAAAAGUCUAUCGAAUAACACCUACUUUGAGAAAUACAUUAGGUGAUUCUCGAUGAUAAACUUAUCCUGAUCAUAUACGAACUGGACAUGAGUGACCGAUCUCAUGAAAUGCUCGCCGAAAUUCUGCAUUGCGUUUUCGAUUAGGAAGGAUUUCUUAAGUGAGUUUGUGAUAUUGAUUAUCGUGCAACAUUAUCCUAUAAUACUUCAGCCUUGUCGGGAUUUGUGCUUUCGAAUGCCUUUGUUUUCGACUACCCGAAAAAACUGCACUAUUUAAAACAAAGCACUGCUCAACUGGUUUGCUAUUACCUUGAUUUUUGGUGCCCCUAUAAAUUCAGGUAUAUUGCAUAGAAUAGCGCUGCUUAUGGAUAUUAUAACAUAACCCACAUCCAUUGCAGAGAAAGGACUUUCUCGCUUUUAAAACAGCUUCUAGUUAUAAGAUUUUGCAAAACGGCGAAAUAUAUAUCCACAAAGCAUCCUAUCUGUACAUUUGUUGUAGCUGCUUAAAUAGUAGGCAUCAUGGUCUACAUUAAAUGCAAAAUUUUAUGAGCCCUCCAUGACCUCUUUUAGGUUUCCUUGAGAAACAUAUAAUAUUCCUUUCACAGACAGUAUAAAGCCUGUAGUUUAGAAACUCUAGGCACAAUGGCCACUGUUGGUAGGGUUCAAAAUUAUUCGAGGACUAAAAAAUAUUUUCAAAACCUAAAGACGCUUCUUCCCUAAGUAAAAAGUCUUGAGGAAUACGUGGUUUUCUAUAAAAUGGGUUCAAGAAAGGGUAGUUUUGCAAACGUCAUCUGUAAGGUAUGUUUGAAUUUUCGAGCACAUUAGAACGCGGUAGAAAAUAUCAAACUAUUUAAGCAGUCAUUCUUACCGGAGUGAGAUUUUUUCAGGUAGCCGGAAAGGAUACUGUUAAAUGGACGGCAUCCUGGCGUGAUUGGCUGCAGAAUAAUCAGUAGUACAACACUAAAUGAGUAAUACUUCCUAAUCGAAGACAAUUCGCUUGUUAUAAAACCAAACUGACGGAGCACCACAGUUUGUACUGCAUCAGCUUUCCUUGACUUAUAAGCAAGCAAAGCGUGGUAGAUCCCCACCCUGGCGUUUUGAACUAGUAGUCCGCGAACUAAUGUUGCAAGGAUCGCACAUUCUCAACCCAUCAUGAUUUUCAGGUCGGGGGAAUCGUUGUGAGUUGCCCAUUGAGGCCGGAAACUGCCUCGCCUAUCUUCCUCAUUACGCCUUCGAUAGAAGACAGCGCAAAUGUGUGCGCUUCAUCUACGGCGGUUGUGGAGGAAACGCCAACAGGUUUGCCACUCUGGAGGGAUGCAAGAGAGCCUGCGAAUAG